GCAGGUUGCAGCGGCCCGCCGCAUUUGCGGCUACCUACAUGAUCUGCCAGUGCAACUUGAAGCGGCUUUUCCCACCUGGAAAGGGCAAAUGUACGCAGAGAGCGCAUUCCGAGGCUCAUGAACGCGCAUCAAAGAGCCACAUAAAAGCCAGUGGCAGCAGGUAUACCGUACGUUAGUCAGCAGAGCUCGAACGAAGAGGCCCUUCCCGCUUCAAUCACUUGUGCACGGAGCUCGCAGCUGCCACAGCGAAUCCUCGGGGCACAAUGGCGCCCCGCAAUGCAGCCCUUGCGUGCCUCGCCUCGCUCCUCUUAACCACUAUGGUGAGCGCACAGUAUGCGCCCAAUGUCACCUAUCAACAGCUGUACAAGUCCUUCCCCAGCAGUGCUUUCGUGUACAACCCCACUGACUCUCUGGCAGCUUCCAACAAUGUGACUCAGCUCACGAAUGCAGGGGGCACUUCAACUAAACGGUCGGUUAGCGAGUUCCCCGCCCUGGCAGGAAAUGGGUUAGCGCAAACCGUGUUCACUUUGGGGCCCUGUGGGCUGCGCCAGCCGCACGAGCAUCCCAGGGGGUCGGGCCUCCUCUAUGCGAUCCAGGCGACAAACCUCCAGGUCGGUUUUGUCUUGCUGGACGGGACCCAGGUGAUCAACAACAUCUCCACUGGGGCGUCAGCCAUCUUCCCUCAAGGGCUGGUGCACUACCAGCAGAACCUGGAUUGCGCCCCCGCCAAGUACAUCAUCACGUACAACGACGCCGAGGCGCAGACCGUCAACUCCGUUCCCGCGCUCUUCAACCUCCCUGCCGCUGCUGUGGUGCAAGUUCUGGGUCUGACGGCAGACCAGUACGCUCAGCUGAAGAGCACCUCGGUUGACGGAAACUUUGUGCCGGGCUCAGACCCCGCGUGUAUGGCGCGGUGCGGGCUUUCCCUGCCGGCCGCCCAAAAAGCAACCGGCGGUCGCUGAACGGAAAUAUAGCGGAAGAGGGACUUUCCUCGGAUUGUUUGAGGCGACACGGCCGCGGUGACAUGAUGAGAUGUUGGUGGGCAGGAGAAGGGGCCAGGCCUGGGGCGGCGUACAGUCGUAUAUUGGAAGAGCAGGCCGGCGCUGUAAACAAAGAGAUAAUUGACAAGCCUCGAUCCAGACGCGAUACAUUGUCGACAAGAUUGGUGAUCCGCGAGUGGGAGACAGUGAUCCAUACGCUUGCUCUGGCUAGCUUGUCACAGCUUUCGAGCCUGCUCCUAGAAGAACAGUGGAGCCUGCACAGCGCACGCUACAUAAUAGGCUGCAGCUGUUCUGGCGCACUUUGGAGAAUAGUGGUACGCUUCAUUCGGCCAUUGUGCUUUUUAUUGAUUUUCUGGUUCAAGCUGGUCAAGCUGGCACAUCCUGUGAGAAAUCGUGUCCAGGGCUAACUAUAGACGAUAAAGAGGGACCUCAAACCCAAAUUAAUGGUAAGUGACUAUCAUUCUUACAAAUAGUUCGUCGACAGGCCAUGUUGGUUUGUCUUGACCUGACACCGGCACGCUCUGGCACUGUUCGCGGCCCAUGC